AUUGUUGGCGUUUGACGAAAGCUUGUUAAAGUGACAAAAGACAAUCUUACAAUUUGAAAGAAAGACAAUUUAAAGAUUAGUGCUUUCAGCUCAACAACUGUGACAUGGCUGUAAAACCAAUUGCUGAUACCAUAUGGCGGGGUAGUUUCAUGAUCUCCCGUCCAGAGAUGAGUUUGAAUCUUAAAGCCCAUUUAUCAAGUAAAGCAUGCACAAAAGUAUGGCUGGCAGCUAAAGAUAUGGCGGAUGUGCUCUAUCCUGAAUUGCUUCCCAAGCGUGAUGUGUGGCCUAAGAGUUUUAAAACUUCUAAACUGAUUGAUGAUAAUAUUGCCAUUUAUUUCUUUUCAGUUAAAGGCAGAGACGAUCCAGUUUUUGAAAAUCUGCUGUAUAACUUAAAACACUACGACAUUGCUUUAAAAGCCUUGGUUGGUGAUUCUGAACUCCUGAUAUUUACUUCUUCUCAUCUGCCGGAAAAGCAUCACAGAUUUGAGGGUAAAUUAUAUCUAUGGGGCGUCUUCAGUGGAAGACAAGCUCCUCCUCAACACUCACCCGAUGAUUGUUUCAUUCAUAAUGCCCGAGUCACACAAGCUUCAACCCCUAAUUUAGCAAAUGAUGGAAAAGAUAGAAGUUGCAAGGAAUCUUCCAAUAAGAAAGACUCUUCACCUACCUCAAAAUCAGCUAGAAAGGGAAGGCCGCUCGAUGAUGCUUGGCAACAUGCUACUCCAGUAGAUGGAAAGAAGCAAAGGACAGUUUGCAAGUAUUGUGGAUUCAUCUCUUCCUCUGGAGGCAUUACUUAUCUUAAGACACAUCUGGGUGGAGGCGAUCCAACAGGUUCACUAAAGGGUUGUCCAAAUGUGCCACCAGAAGUCAAAAGGGUGAUGAAAGAAUGGUUACAAGGAACUAUAAGAGCGGCGAAGGCCCCACAGCUAGAGGAAAUCAGGACUGACUUUGAAGCAGCACGUGCAUCAAAAAAAUCAGUUAGAAGGGGAAGGCCACUUGAUGCUGCGUGGGAACAUGCUACACCAGUUGAUGCAAAAAGGCAGAGAGCUGUUUGCAAGUAUUGCGGUUUCAUAUCUUCUUCUGGAGGAAUUACACAUCUUAAGGCCCAUUUGGCUGGAGAUGAUCCAAAAGGGGCCUCAAAAGGUUGUCCCAAUGUGCCACCUGAAGUCAAAAGGGUAAUGGCAGAAUCGCUUAACAGAACAGUGAAAGGGGUGAAGGCCAUGCAGCCAGAGGAAAUCAGGACGUAUAUGAAAGCGGAAAAUGAUUGGUCUCCUCCAAGGUCAGAUGAUUAUUCCUUGAAUCAACAGAGAGUUGUAAAGAAUGCUCAGUACUCACAUUUAGCGAAUGGGGGAAAUUCUGUAAAUGAUAUGACCAUGUCAAAGCAAUCAGAGACAGCACGUGUUGAUAGUUAUAUGGAGGUUAUGAGUUCUCAUAAUGCUUGUAAGCCGAGCUUUUUAAGCAAACCUACGUCUCGAGUAGGUUUUAUUUAACAUGUGCAUCAGUAGGGCUAGGAAGGGAGACUGCUUAAUCUAAUUGUGAGAACAUGCUCCAUUAAUUUAUGACAUGGCAAAACAUACAUGAGGACAGAUGACGAAGUUCAUUCUGCUAUGGUUUAUCAGCAACAAGGUUGGUUCUUUUGAUGUACAAAAUCUGUUGUGAAUCACUUUUUAACCCAAAACUUGACAACGACAAUAUGUUGAAAUUGCUUGUGAUUAUUGUAUCUAUGUAUUUGCUGCGAUGUUCCCUCCAGUUUGGAGUGAUUUUGCAGAUGUAUUAAGCAGGGGACAUUUAGUUGGUACUUGCUGAGAAUGCCAAGUUGAAACUGAAUUUGAAUCUGACAUUAUCUAA